UCAAAAUUAUCGGUGUAUUACAUGUGGGUGUGUGUUUGUUUGUGCAUCCCUGGCUGCCCCAGACUCGCCAAGUGCAAAAAUGAUGGCUAAAGACGAAUGGUCGGCGGAGGAGGAGCUGCAGCUCUUCCAUGCAAUGGAGGGCCUACGUCCCGUUGGCAUCAACAAACACUUCUACAUGUCCUGCAUUGCGGAACGCCUUUCCAAGUCUCUGAACCGGGAAAUGCCCAGCGAUCUGAUCUGGAAACAUUUGGGCACUAUGUAUAAACUAAAAGAAUUGGAUGAACUCGAAUGCUUGCCAUUUCCAAAUGAGGAGCGCGAAUUUUGUUUGCCGGACAAGGAUUAUGCGAUGUUCGUGAGCAAAAAAACUGUUGGUCUCAACGCAGCUAGCGAAGAUGCCUCAGAUGCGACACCAGCUCCAUUUAUGGUUUCCGAUAACAACAGCAAAGCUACAAAAUCCUCAGCUGGGCAAUCGGCAAACAUUGGUAAGGAGGUGGAAAAGAAGUUGCCUGUAAAAGUCUCAGAUUUGCCUAAGCGUCCAGCGAAAAGGACGCGCGGCUCAAUGUCGAAUGAAUCGAUUAGUCCAUCAACCACACCGCCACCGAUGCAGAGCAACAAACGUCGUCGUAUUUAAUUAUUUUUACUUAGUUCUUUAUUAACAAAAAAUAGUUUCGCUAUUAGUCGUAGUUAAAACAUGACCAAAACUCUUGACUUUAAAAUAUAAUGUAAAUGUAUAUUUAUGAAAA